CGUUUGCCUAGCAUGGACCAGGAUUCCAGACUCCCAGGAGGAAAGCUGGUCUUCAGCACAAGAAAUGGUUGGCAGAAAAAGACAAGGAGCCUCUCCUAGCAGUGUGGUGGGAAGCCUCCCCAAAUCCACAUUCCCAUGAACCAGCCAAGGGCCAACCUUAGAAGCAGGACUUUCUAAGGAUAAGGACGCUGAGGCCUGUUCAGUUGGUCAACAGCACAUUCCUUUGGCCCUUGGACAAGACCUCCUUAGAGCAACAUUAUCAUCAGUAGUUCCAGCUGGGUGAGACAGGACUCAGUGGUCUUUGAGGAUGUGGCCGUGGACUUCACCUUGGAGGAGUGGGCUUUGCUGGAUUCUGCUCAGAGGGAACUGUACAGAGAAGUGAUGCUGGAAAACUUGAAAAACCUGGCCUCAGUGGAUGAUGAGACUCAAUUUAAGGCCAGUGGGUCAAUUUCUCAGCAGGAUGUUUAUGGGAAUAAAAUAUCCAAGGAACAUAAAAUAGCAAAGUUCACCAGAAAUGAUUCCUGGGCCUCUGUUUUAGGGGAAAUUUGGGAAGAAUUUAGCACUGAAGAUCAGCACACAAAGCAGGGGAGACAUCUGAGAAAUCAUGUGGUGGAGAAACUCUCUGAAAGUAAUGAUCAGUGUGGGGAAGGCUCCAGUCAGAUUUCAAAUCGUAGUCUGUACCAGAAAACUCAUACUGGAGUAAAAGAGUAUGGAUGUAGUGCAUAUGGAAAGGUCUUUGUGCCUCAUUCCUCGCUCAAGAGUCACCUUGCCGCACACACUGGGUACAAACCGUAUCAGUGUCAGGAGUGUGGGCGGGCCUAUAGUUGUCGGUCACAACUGCGAAUGCAUGUGAGGACCCACAACGGAGAGAGAACCUAUGCGUGUAAACUAUGUGGAAAAACCUUUCCUCGUACUUCAUCCCUCAACCGGCAUAUAAGGAUCCAUACUGCCGAGAAGACUUACGAAUGUCAGCAGUGUGGGAAAGCCUUCAUUGAUUUUUCAAGUCUUACUAGUCAUGUGAGAACUCACACUGGAGAGAAGCCCUAUAAAUGUAAAGAAUGUGGGAAAGCCUUCAGUUAUUCCUCAACUUUUCGAAGACACAUGAUAACACACACUGGAGAGAAGCCCUAUAAGUGUCAGGAAUGUGGGGAAGCCUUCAGCUAUUCCUCAACGUUUCGAAGACACAUGAUCUCACACACUGGGGAGACACCACAUAAAUGUAAGGAAUGUGGAGAAGCCUUUAGUUAUUCCUCAGCUUUUCGAAGGCACAUGAUAACACACACUGGAGAGAAGCCCUAUGAAUGUAAACAGUGUGGGAAAACCUUCAUUUACUUGCAGUCCUUCCGGAGACAUGAAAGGAUUCACACUGGAGAGAAACCCUAUGAAUGCAAACAAUGUGGGAAAACCUUCAUUUACCCACAGUCCUUCCGAAGACAUGAGAGGACUCAUGGUGGAGAGAAACCCUACGAAUGUAGCCAGUGUGGGAAAACAUUCAGCCAUCCCUCAUCCUUUCGAGGACACAUGAGAGUGCACACUGGAGAGAAACCUUACGAAUGCAAUCAGUGUGGAAAAACUUUCAACUGGCCCAUAUCCUUGAGAAGACAUAUGAGGACACACAUGAGAGAGAAACCAUAUGAAUGCAAACAGUGUGGGAAAGCCUUCAAUUUGUCUGCUUGCUUUCGGGAACACGUGAGAAUGCAUCCUGGAGAGAAAUCGUAUCAAUGCAAGCUAUGUGGGAAAGCGUUCUAUUGCCACAUAUCCUUACAAAAACAUAUGAGAAGGCACACCGCAGAGAAACUCUACGAAUGCAAGCAAUGCGGCAAGGCUUUCAGUUGGCCUGAACUUUUACAACAGCAUGUGAGGACACACACUGCAGAGAAACCCUAUGAGUGUAAGGAAUGUGGGAAAGUCUUCAAGUGGCCAUCGUCUUUGCCGAUACAUAUGCGAGUGCACACUGGAGAGAAACCUUAUGACUGUAAGGAGUGUGGGAGGGCCUUCAGUUGUUCCUCGUCCUUAAGAAGACAUGUACGAAUACACACCACAGACAGACACUGCCUAGGGGAUGCGGGAAAUUCUCCUGCAAAGGAAUUCAUGCCUCAUGUGUCAGGAAAUCCACACCAGGAGAGAAAUCUUAUCAAAGCUGUAAAUAUGGUACUGCCUUUGUGAGUACCUCAUCAAAGUGGACCUUUGGGGUGUGUAUCUCCAGUUCUGUUACAGAUAGCUCUCCAAGUACUCUUUCAGCUGUCAUUCAAGUUUUGCAGGUGGUGUUUUUUCCCUACAUUUCCAUAAAUAAACCUGCUGUCUUUAUGGU